CUCCCAUCUACCAACUGCAACUACCAUCGUCUGCCAUCUUCUAUUUGGAUCGCUUUUCGUGUACUCUGUUCCCGGUGAACGCACAGCUCUGCAGUCGAGAAAUGCCAGCUUUUCACGCCUCACAAAGGACAUGAGCCCAAUAUUCUUCAUAGGUCUUGGCUGCCUUGCGUAGAUUCUAGCCAGAACUCAGCAACGCCAUGGGCGAAAUUUCUCUUGACAAAGCACUCGUGCUUCUGUCAUCCGAGAAGCAGAGGGAGCGCUUGGAUGGACUGGCUGACUUGAAGCAUAUUUUCCAGCAGAAUAAACAAAACUCAAAAUUAAGCUCGUUAAGUGAUAAGGCGUGCCAUAAAAUAUUUGAAUCGCUUUUCCGAUUUAUUGCCGCUGAAAAGUCGGCGUUUAUCCGAGCCAAUUCCAAGGGGCCAUCUGCUUCUCGCUUGUCUACUUGUGCAUCUGUGAUCCGAACGGCUGUUGAUGUCUUCUUGCAUAGUCUGCGGACCAAAUCUGUCCGCGCAAUUACUGAUCAUAUAACUGACAUCCUACUAACUCCAGGUCAAAAGUUGUUUGACCUGCUUUGCGUUGAUUACACAAAAUGCCUGUCCACACUUCUGAGUUACCCCCCACACGUUGAGCAUCUAGGUGCUAGCGAAUGGGAGAAGCUUAUAAGCUUCUGUCUUAGAAGUAUAGGCCUCAACGAAGACGAGGACAGCGACCGGCCUUCCUCAAAUGAUCGAAGAUCUACUUUGGACGACUUUAUGACCGGUGGCAGUCGCAGCUCGACACCUUCCAGGUCAACCUCCGCAUUAGCUGUCAGGGAAAAGCCCAGAGGCAAUCAAAGCACAAUGAGUGAAGCUCUGAAUUGUAUUCAACUGCUAACGGCGAGCCCGAGCGCCCCAAUUCAAGAUUCUGCCGAAAGGAUACUUGAUGGGCUGGCCAAGUUCCUCAAAUCAUCGGCAAUCGCUGGAAGUGGCCAUCUGGCCGCGAUCAGCAGCUUGAACUCUGUUAUAACGCGAGUCCUGUUUGACCAGUCGAACCUUGUUCGAACAUCCUUGCUAGACUUGAUCCCCACCAUCCGACACCUGUGGGCUACUAAGCUGAUGAGCUUAAAGGAUGAGCUACUUGUCACCAUCACACUUUGUAUGGUCAUCAUGAUCGACGCGGCCCGUAGGGAGCCUUCUGAGUUGCUGGCUAAAUUGAUUGAAAGCCUGGUGGACACCUUGUACUCUGAAUACACCCGACGACCGGAGAAGGACACACUGCAGAUUGAUGAGUUGAUCUUCUACCAAAAGGCUUCUGCGCAGGGGCAAAGGUUUCUGAUAGGCCCUCGCCAUGAAAUCCCUAGAUCGGAGCACAACUGGACAAUAGUAUGGGCCAUAUCAAAGUUGAUGGAAAUGUCGGAAGAGGUGGCUUCUCGUUUACUUUUGCAUCGCGUUGCAAGCGAGGGAUCGAGCAAAAAGCAGCGUCUCACCUCGCUGAUUGAAGACGUUUUUCGGGAUUCCAUCGCCUCCUCGGGUGUUAAAAGAGUAUGCGCCCUACAGUUGAUUCCUUUCCUUAUCCAGCACAAUGAAAGUGUGGAAUCGAGGGAUUCACUGCUCCGGCGUUUAACUCCUUACAUACCUGACGAUAACAGCACAAUAUCAUCUUGGACCAUGGUGGCGAUUGCAAGUAUUGCUGGUAGUCCAGGUGCAGACUCGAGCUCUUUACGUGACGCUUGGCAACGAGUUUGGGAUCUCACGUCUCGUGCUUCUACUUCCCACACGACGUCAAGGGCAGCUUGCACGCUUAUGAACUCGAUUAUUCAUUUCGAACUCUUAGAGUAUUCAGAAAGGGCGGAAGCGAUUAAUUCCAUGCUUUCGUCUGUGAACCUGAACGGCCCCUCUGUAAUGUCAGAUUCAUCUCUCGCUCUUUGGGCGACAGUAACUAGGGCAAUUGCACAGAUAAAUCCAGGAUCUGUCCCACAUGCUUCCAAAUUGAUCUGCACAUGGCUCCGAGAGGCUUGGACGAUUGGCACGAUAACUGAUCGAAUACUUACAGCGCAAGUUGCCGCAUUUGCGCGUCCUUUAGAUCUUUUCAAUUUGAUCUUAGCCUGCACAAAUAGACCUUAUGCCCCGCCUAUGAUUCAAUUCAGAGGACCGGAAGGCUUAGUUGCCCGAGGCUGGAAAUUCUUCCAUAGGACCAAACAACUAUUAUGUUAUGUUUUUGAUCUGGAAAAGUCCCUCGAUAUUGUCGAUCUGUGGUGCCCGCAAGAAGAGUUGAAUCUGGACACUUUCACUCAGCAGGAUCCGAAUGACUUCAUGGUCAUGGAGCUUUUGCACGUGAAAUCUGAGAUGUUCCUCCAAAACUGGCUUUCUCUGUCGGAGGAUAGGUCUACUCAUAUCACAGUGGAUGUUGUGCAAAUACUGACAUCUUUCUGCAUCGUUUCUACUUUGUAUACAGAGUCUAUGCCACAACAAGCCGAGUCACGCUCCCAGAACGUACGGAAAAAUACUGAAAGCUUGUGGAGAAAGAUAUGCGCUUUCCUGGAUGGCCGUGACAUGGAAUUUGUGCAGGCUUGCCUCAUGCUCUUGUCGCCUUUUCUUGGCCCUAAGCUCUGCUCCUCGGGGCCCAAGCCAGCGAUCAUGAAAUCUCUUCGCAAAAUCAUCAACCCGUUAUCUCGAGUUCUUGAAGGUCAUCGACAAACUCAAAGGGGUCAACUCUCAGCUCAGGGGAAAGACCAUAUGGACUUGGACGAUCACGAUCCAUUAUUGAGCUCUAAUGAUCGGCCGAAGGAGACUGCGGACAUCGUAAACAUGAACCGAGAGGCGGUGCCCGUGUUUCGUGACUUUGCUACUUUCCAGCGUUGCCUGACAGUACAGCUUUCUGUUUUCCAGAGGCUGCAGGCCCCUAUAGAUGAGACUGGGCAACAUGCAAACAAUGAUUUGAUUGAGUAUUUGGCAGACUUGGAUGAGGUUGAUAUCUUGUCUGCGCGAGACUUUUUGCCACACGUUUAUCGCGCUUGCUCGGACAUGGAACGCAGCUCAAUGGUAAGGGUACUAGAGGACACUGGUGAAAAAUGUUUACAGUCAUAUGAGCUGGAGCGCUGUGAGAAUUCUCAUCUUCUUUGUAUCCAUCUGAUGCACAGCUUUGUCGAAGCGUGGGCAGCAGGCCAAAGUGAUCACUUGAGUGACUCCGCUUCAGACAUUUAUACUUGGUUUACCGAUGUGCUCUUAGCGAAAGGACGGGCUUCACCCUCGGUUCUGAUCGGAUUCGCGGAGCUCCUGGGAGGUGUUCUUAAAUCGAAUACUUCAUUCACCACUGGAAAAUCAAGUCCGUCUGCAAGGACCAGCCUCCUCACUAUUAUACAUGAAGGCGAGAUCGCUGUGAAGUUCGGUGCUGCAGAUAUUAUUUGUCAACUCUUUAACCAGUAUCCACUCAAAGACCAUGACGCUAUUUUCGAUGACAUCCUGGAUAGUCUUCCAAGGGAUCCGGAUUGGUGCGAGGGAAUCGCCCUUCGUUUAUACAUCCUAGCCCAGCUAGCCUCACGGUGGCAUACCCUACUGCGGAGAAGCAUCUACCAUAUGUUUGAGACUCCAGCUCAAGUCCCCGAAUCACUUUGGUCCGCCGAAAAAUGUGUGGGAAGUGUUGCACGGAUCCUUGGACUUAAGGAUACGCGAGAACUCUUUCGGUUGUUCUCUUCCCAGAUACUAUACACAUGGACUGAAACGGAAUCGAUUGCAUCCAUGCCUUUUAGCAUUUUCGGCUAUCCGAAUCUUGAAAGCAUGCUAAAUGAUGUUCAGGAUGAGAUUGUUGGUCAAAUAAUGAUGCGUGCGAGAGACGAUGACACUGCAGAACUUUCAAAAUACAUGAAAAAAGCCUGGACUGAGAUUCUUGCAGAGUCUUUUUACAAAGCAGAGGCUUACACAAUCUCACGAGAUAUCAGUACACCCCCUGGGCAAGGAAGCCAGCCGAAGGGUGUGGAAAAUCGAGUCAAGAAAAUGCUAGGUACCCAAAAGUUUUUGGAGUCAAUUGAUCAGCACUUUGCACAGACAAUUGCAACUUUCUUUGUGUCGAUGGACCAGUACGAGCAGAUUGAAAGGGCAUUCUCGAAGCGUGGAAACUACCAUGGCGCUCUCCAAAUCAUGAACAAUAUAACGGGAAAAAGUGUCUCGAAGAUUGUCCUGCCUGCCAAUCAACAACCUUCUUUCAGGGCGCGCUAUCUUCUUGACGAGCUCGAGUUCUUCUGUGAGCGGAGUGGAUACGAGCUUGACACAAUAUGGACGCCUACACUGGCUUCUUACGUCUGCCGGGCCCUGUUGGAGCUAAUACACCCCGCUCUUGGAUCCCUUCAUGCUUGCUCUGUCAUUCGGAAAAUUCGAGUUUUAGUUUGUGUAGCUGGGCCUGUCAUGUUGAGAGAUUAUCCGUUUGAAAUGCUUCUCCAUUCUCUCCGCCCGUUUCUCACGGACAUUUACUGCUCGGAGGACGCUCUGGGAAUAUUCUGGUAUCUGUUGGAGGCAGGCAGGGACUAUUUGAUUGAGAAUCCAAGUCUCAUGGCUGGAAUCACCGUUUCCACUUUCUUGUCUCUGAGAGAGUUUAUGGUAUCCCCUCCGAAAGAUGCAAUCCACGAGAGCUUGUCAAGAAUUGUAUUGUCGGCUAUACAAACAUUCAUGCGGUGGUUUGAGACAUACCUGGAAGCUUACGAUUCCUCGGUCCUGAAUACCGCGACGCGCGAAUUGUUCCGUCGUAUGAUCAAGUCCUCUCAAGGGACCCUCACCACAGAACCGAGAGAAAAUGACACGUCGAAGCGAGAUUUGCUUCUUGACGUUCUCGAUGACCGAAGCUCGGGCAAAAGCUUACUGAGUAAACCCAUAUCGGAUCAUGUCAUAUCGUUGCUAUGUAUUGAUUCAAAUGAGCCUCCCGAUUUCCGCCAGCCCACAACUGGAGAGAGAAGCCACUAUACACCGAACACUGUGGCUAUCUAUGAAACUUUGCAAAAUUUUGAAACCAGUUCUCAGUACAAACUGUGGGCUGCCAAGAUCAUUGGGCGAGACUUUGCAGCUACUGGAACCAUCAGCGAUGAUUUGUUGAGAGAGCAAGAUUUGAGCUUGUUCAAAACCAAUCAUUCGAAUUUGCCUUUGGAUCCGUUCUUCUAUUCCAAAGCCAGUAUACUACAAACGCUUUGCAACAGACUACAGAGCAGCAAACCUAUGGAUGUCGGUCUCUUCGAGCGGACAUUACAGCUCAUUGUCAGUAAUUUGACACAAUCCCCCGCCCAUGAAGAGUCUGGAAUUGUCAUACCGCCGUCAUUGAUGAAGGCUCUUACCUGGAGUCCUUACAAGUGCCCUGCUUCACAUGAACUUGGGGUCCAUGAUGCUGCGAUUAGCUGGAAUCCAGACCUUUCGAUUUCACAUUGGGCUCGCGAUGUGGGGAUGUUCUUGUCAAGAGCGGCGUCCGAGGACCCCGUAAUUGGACCGCUCAAUAAUAUUCUUUCCGCUAUUCCUGACCUAGCAGCUCAUGUUCUACCAUACAUCCUUCAUGAUGUCUUAUGCACGGAGCUUGAUGGAGAUGGAAAGAUGCGUCAAAAGAUUUCCGAAGUUUUCAGCCAGGCCUUGCGGGAGGUUAAUGACAAGACCAUUCCCCAUGCACGACUCGUAAUCAACUGCAUGCUUUAUCUUCGAAACCAACCGAGGCCUAACGAGUCGACUAUUGUGGAACGUGACGAAUGGCUUGCCAUAGAUUUCGCCGAAGCGUCCUCAGCUGCCACGAGGUGUCGCUUGCCAAAGACCGCAUUGCUAUUCCUUGAGAUACAUUCUUCUCGUGCAGUGUCUUCAUCUCGUUCGUCAGUGGCUAAAUUUAGUUCUCCACCCGAAGAGUUGCAUGAAAUUUUCAAGAACAUAGAUGAUCCGGACUUUUUCUACGGGAUCCCACAAAGCUCUUCUCUAGAGUCGGUCAUGGAGACACUUGAGCAUGAAAGCUCUGGUUUUAAGAAUCUUCUCUUUCAGAGCGCUCAGUACGAUAGUGAGAGGCAGAUGUCGGGAAGCGCAAAUAACCUUGGUGUACUGAAGGCACUGAAUUCAACGAACCUUCAGGGAAUUGCAAAUUGCGUGUUCAAUUCUACCGGAGGAGGCACCAAGGACAUGGCAGUCUCAUUCGAAAGCAUGCUGCAAGCUGCAACGAAUCUCAGGCAAUGGGACAUCCCAAUUUCGCCCUUAAACCCUUCACCAUCCGCGACCAUAUUCAGGGCCUUCCAAACCCUUAACACUUCAGCUGCCUUAUCCGAUGUCUCUAUUUCCAUCGACGAAAGCUUUCUGGCAACACUUGGAUCAUUGACGAGUACUAGCCGAUCAGCGAUGUCAUUACGAACUGCGACAAGGGUCCUUGGGACGCUGGUCGAAAUCAGCGACGUGUUAUGUGCUACAUCAGCUGAAGAGAUAGACCAGGAAUGGGAAAACAUUGCAGGUAGAAGCUCUUGGCUGAAAAACACAAACGUGCAUGAGGUGGGAGAGAUAUUGAACUGCCAUGAGGCUCUGUUCUCGUCAAUCAAGCGGAAGGAUUACCUGAAAUCUGCAAUCGGGUUGAAUAACCGACAGGCGCAACUUCUGGAAGUGAACGUCAUUCGCCAGUCACUCAAUACUACAAGGGAUCAUGGCAUUGCACAAGCCUCGUUGAAGUCAGCGGUCUGUCUUUCUAAGCUUGCUGACCACUGUAAUUCUUUAGGCAUAGACGUUGAAGGUGCGGCGAAAUUUGAUCUCGCCAACGUUUUAUGGGACCAGGGCGAGAUGACUGCCUCAAUUCGGAUGCUUCAACAGCUCAAUGAUCAAAAUGAUCUGCAUAAGCAGGCGGUACCAAUAAGCCGUGCCGAUCUUCUUGUGACUUUGGGUCAUCACGUUGCCGAGGCACGCCUGGAGAAGCCAGAAGCAAUCAUCCAAGAGUACCUAGCUCCUGCAGUCAAGGAGUUGAAAGCCCGAACAGGCGGCGAAGAAGCUGGCCGAGUCUAUCAUGGGUUUGCAAUGUUCUGUGAUCAGCAACUACAAAAUCCUGAUAGCUUAGAGGAUUUCAAACGGAUUGAACAAAUUCGCAAUCGCAAGCAAAAGGAGGUACAAGACCUCGAGGACAUGAUGAAGGGCGCCGAGGCGAAGGACAAGGACGGUCUUCGAUACCACCGAAUCAAGACAAAACAAUGGUUCGACCUUGACGAUCGUGAAUAUCAACGUUUGCGACGAAGCCGCGAGGCCUUCCUUCAACAGUCUCUCGAGAACUAUCUCCUUUGCCUUAAGGAGAGUGAGAAGUACAACAAUGAUGUCCUCAGAUUCUGCGCCCUGUGGCUUGAUACGUCCGAAAGCGAUAUUGCAAAUGCAGCAGUCUCGAAAUAUCUCCAUCAAGUUCCUAGCAGGAAGCUCGCACCCUUGAUGAACCAGCUAAGUUCUCGUUUGCUGGAUGUCGCCGACGACUUUCAGAAGAUGCUUUUCUCGCUAAUAUUCCGUAUAUGCGUGGAGCAUCCAUUCCAUGGCAUGUAUCAAAUAUUUUCGAGCAGCAAAUCCAAAGGCGGCAAAGACGAGACCGCGCUAUCACGCAACCGAGCGGCCGGCAAGUUGGUAGAAUAUUUGAAGAAAGACAAGCGCAUGGGGCCUACUUGGAUCGCUGUCCACAACACAAACAUCAACUAUGUACGAUUCGCUGUGGAUCGGAUGGGGGACAAGCUUAAAAGCGGUGCCAAGGUUCCUCUGAAGAAACUAUCGACUGGCCAACGUCUCGAGCAAGAUGUUGUCACUCAGAAACUACCGCCACCCACAAUGAGCAUCGACAUUCGCAUCGAUUGUGAUUAUAGCAAUGUCCCUAAACUUGUCCGGUUCAAUUCUGAGUUCACAGUUGCGUCCGGCGUUAGCGCACCGAAGAUUCUCACGGCCUUUGCCACAAAUGGUCAGCGUUAUAAACAGCUAUUCAAGGGAGGAAACGAUGACCUACGGCAAGAUGCCAUCAUGGAGCAGGUAUUUGAACAAGUCAGUAGCCUUCUCAAGGACCACCAAGCGACUCGACAGCGGAACUUGGGGAUUCGCACAUACAAGGUUCUUCCUUUGACUUCAAACUCGGGAAUAAUCGAAUUUGUUCCACACACCGUUCCAUUGCACGACUUCUUGAUGCCAGCCCACCAAAGAUACUUCCCGAAGGACAUGAAACCGAACGUGUGUCGGAAGCACAUUGGCGACGUCCAGACACGAUCAUUCGAAACGCGGGUCAAGACCUUCCGCCAGGUGACCGACCACUUUCAUCCGGUCAUGAGAUUCUUCUUUAUGGAGAAGUUCAAUAAUCCGGACGACUGGUUCGCCAAGCGACUCUCGUAUACGCGGAGCACCGCUGCGAUCUCGAUAUUGGGCCACGUCCUUGGCCUAGGAGAUCGACAUGGCCACAACAUUCUCCUCGACGAACGAACGGGUGAAGUAGUGCAUAUCGAUCUGGGAGUGGCCUUUGAACAAGGACGGGUGCUACCAGUCCCCGAAGUAGUCCCCUUCCGAUUAACUCGGGAUCUGGUUGACGGGAUGGGCAUUACCAAGACAGAGGGAGUGUUCCGACGUUGCUGCGAGUUUACACUCGAGGCUCUCCGUCAGGAGUCGUAUAGUAUCAUGACUAUCCUGGACGUGCUCCGUUACGACCCUCUAUACAGCUGGACUGUAUCUCCGUUGCGGAUGAGAAAGAUCCAGGAUGCCCCAGAAACGAACGGGGCUCCUGAACCUCCACGUGCGGACCAACGCCCGUCCAACGAGCCAAGCGAAGCUGACCGUGCAUUAACGGUGGUGGCCAAAAAGCUGGGCAAGACCUUGAGCGUGACGGCCACGGUCAAUGAGCUCAUUCAGCAAGCAACUGAUGAGAAGAACCUCGCGCUUCUCUAUUGCGGCUGGGCCGCAUAUGUAUAGUAAGUCGAUAUAACAUGAAAUAUGAG